GAAAACCGUUCAUUGAGGCCAUUAUAAUGGGAGAAAUAAUAGAAGAAGGAAUCAAAACAGGACGCAUUGUCGGCUUUGCCGCGUUGAAGGCAACAACCCAAGCCAUUCAAAAUGGUUCAGGGAGUUUUGGUGUAAAGAAGAAAAAGGAAGACGUAGCUACGGUUGCGCCUGGGCUAUGGCGAAACCCGAGGGGCCCGCCUCGCCAAUACACUCAACCCCAACCCCAACCCCAACCCCAAAACUACACCCAAGAUCCAUAUAAUUACCCACAACACUACUUCCCUCUCCAAAACCCACAAUAUUCUAUUCCGCCCCCUCAGUACCCCAUAUACAGUACGCAAGCCAUAUGUCCAGCCCGCUUGUUACCCGCAAUGGCGUGCACCAACCCCGCAAGUCCGUCCUCCACCUCCACAGACUUACCAAGGCCCUCCCAGAUCCAAUUUUCGGCCCAGGCCGGAGUACAAAAGGGCAAAUACGGUCAAGGAUAACUUUACCCCCAUUGGGGAAUCAUAUGCUGAUUUGUUUCAGAAGUUGAGGGCAUUAAAUGUUUUAAGCCCAAUUGAAGGAAGGAUCCCAAACCCUCCUCCGAAAAAUCUUGAUUACUCUCAAAGAUGUGUUUAUUGCUCUGAUACCCCGGGACACAAUAUAGAGAAAUGUUGGUAUUUGAAGAAAGCAAUCCAAGAUUUGAUUGAUACAUAACAAAUUGUGGUGCAAAAUGCAGAUAUACCGAAUAUCAAUCAAAACCCACUACCAAAUCAUAAAGAAACAAACAUGUUGGAGUUGAUCUAUGGUAGUGAUGGGUCUGAUGUUCCAUACAAGCCUAUCAUGAAGAUUGAAGCAGGCGUGGAGAAAUCAGUAAAUGUGGCAGAUUCCGCAAAAACAGCACCUUUGGGGUUAAAUGAGGUUACAAAGAGACCAAUCCAGUCAGACGCGAUGAAACCCUUAUUGAUUGUGAAGGGAGCUCCAGAGAAGGUUGGGGCAAGUCAGGGAAAGCCAAAGUUGAUCGUGCCAGGGGUGUCGAGCAGGCCUAUUUUAACUGUCAAAGGGGCGUUCACCACUCCUAUCAUUAUUAAGCCAGUGACACAACUUUCAAUAGUUGAUGCUAAGGCGGUUCCCUGGAAUUAUAAUCAGACUAUGGUUACUUACCAAGGGAAGGAAAUCAUCAAAGAAGUAGACGAAGUAGGGGGCCUGACUCGUUCAGGAAGAUGCUUCGCUCCGGAAGAGUUAAGGAAAACCAAGCAGGUAAGGGAAGGCCAAAUACCCGUUAAGAAACCAGUAACAGAGGAAGAAGCUGAAGAGUUCUUGAAAAAGAUGAAAUUGCCAGACUAUUCCAUUGUGGAGCAAUUAAGGAAAACCCCUGCUCAAAUCUCUUUGUUGUCUUUAUUAAUACACUCAGAUGAACACCGCAAAGCUUUGUUGAAGAUUUUGAAUGAAGCUCAUGUCCCUACUGAGAUUACGGUUAAUCAAUUGGAGAAAAUUGCUGGGAGGAUCUUUGAGGUAAAUAGAAUCACUUUCUCAGAUGAUGAACUACCCGUUGAAGGUACUGGACAUAACCGAAGCCUUCAUAUUACUGUAAAAUGUGAGCUUUCCUAUGUCACGAGAGUUUUGAUUGAUGGGGGCUCUGGUGCAAACAUUUGUCCUCUGUCAACCAUACAAAAACUAAAUGUAAGUACUGAAAGAAUUCGACCAAAUAAUGUGUGUGUUAGAGCUUUUGAUGGAGCGAAAACUGACGCCAUCGGUGAGAUAGAUCUUGUGCUUACAAUAGGGCCUGGUGAUUUUACCAUAGAUUUUCAAGUAUUGAACAUCAAUGCCUCCUAUAAUAUGUUGUUGGGAAGACCGUGGGUACAUAUGGCUGGGGCAAUCCCAUCCACAUUGCAUCAGAUGAUCAAGUUUGAAUAUGAUAGGCAGGAAGUGAUCGUUCACGGUGAAGGGGAUUUGUCCAUUUAUAAAGACUCCACUGUUCCCUUUAUCGAAGUGGAUAAUACUGAUGAAACACUGGUGUAUCAAGCUUCUGAUAUAGUGGUAGCUGAGCAGAUCCCUCAAGGGAAACCCAUUCUGAGACCGCAGUUGCCUCCAACAUCUGUUAUGGUGGUAAAUGAAAUGUUGAAAUAUGGUUUUGAGCCAGGAAAAGGCUUGGGGGCUUCUCUACAAGGUAUGCUUUAUCCGGUGUGUCCACGUGAGAGUCCAGGUCCAUUUGGUCUGGGGUUCAAACCAACGGCUGAAGAUAGAAAGAGGGUUAAAAAGCGAAAAAAAGAAGCAUGGUCACUUACUAAGCCUGUGCCACCAAUCUACAAGUCCUUCGUCAAGAAUACCAGCAGUUUUUCCCAGCCAGUACUGGAUGUGGAUUUUGGGUUGAUUGGGUGUUUCCACAACUUGUUUGUUGAAGCUGAUAUGGUUGAAAUGGGAGGGGGUCCCAGUAACGCGGAUGUGCAGUUCAUUGGCCAUGAUGUCCAACUCAGCAAUUGGGAAGUCACUCCUCUCCCAACCAGGAAGGAGUUUUGGUAGUUUGUUUUGUUUUCCUUUCCUUUAUCCGAGUUAUUCCAGGGUUGUAAUUCAGAUUUUUAUCUUUCGCUUGUUUUAAUGUUCAAACCCUUCUAUCCUUCAUUUCAAUGAAAUGCAAUUUGUUUUUUCCGUAAAUU